CACUGCCUGAGCCGAGCCUUUAACUCUUCACCAGUGUGGAGCAGCCAGCAGCGCGCACUCGCACACACACUCACUCACACACACAUACUCUCAUAUACACACACUCAUACGCAGCCACACACACACACACUCUCACUCACGGCGCAGGUGAGCGGCAAGCAGGAAAGGAGGCCGUGGGAAAAGAAGACAUCAGCCAGGCAGACACGGAGAGAAGAAAGACUGCUGGUGCAGGUUUUGGGAUAAGUGUCGGAUUUUCCCUUUGAGGAGUUUGUGCUGUUUUUUUUUUUUCUUUUUCUUUUUUCCCUCCGUUUCUUUAUUCUUCCUCAGUGAUUGAAGGCUGACUUGAAGCUGGAGGGUUUGGUCCCACUGACUGAGUCUCAACAGUGCAUCCACAUCAUCCGUCUGCACCGCUUCUUUGUGUGUGUCGGCCAGAACAGAACAAACAUAGCGCGCAGCCGAGCGGAGCCUGUGUGUGCCUGGGAUAUCUGACAGCUUCCUGCAGGAUCUGACACUGCACAGACGAGCGAGAGAGCCAGGAGAGAGGAAAACCAGAAAGACAGAGAGGGAGACAAAGUCAAGGCAUGAGCCGGGGAAUAGCAGCUGGCUUUUCAUAGAAGUGAUCGCUGCAAAACCUCCCCCUUUACCUACCCUCCUUUCUCUUUCCCUCAUCGUCUCCUUUCUCUUCCCUCUUGUAUUGCUGCUCCUUCUUUCUCUCUUUACAGCUAUCCUGUUCCUCAGCUCUUCAUUCUCCCUCCAUCGUCUCCUGCUUUUCUCCCCAUUAGAGAAGAGCCGAGAGUGCAACUCCUACACAGUGACAGACAGAAGGACAGCCAGAGGUCCUGUGACACUCCCCAUCACUCUCUAUCUCUCUAUCUCUCUUAGUCUCCCUCUCUUUCACACUCUUAUCCUCCUUUCACCGCACAAAUCUCAGCUCUGGCCCAGAAAGCAGGGGGCAAUUUGGAGUUUUUUGGACACAAGCACGCGAGUAUCCGUAUCCUGCCACGGCCAGAGGGAUUCCAGCUACAUGGGCAAACGUUUGGAACAGCAACCAAUGUACCCCCAGUACACCUACUACUACCCUCACUAUCUCCAGACUAAGCAGUCAUAUGCCCCACCCCCUCCUCCCAUGGCUCCACCCAGCCCCAGCACCAACAGCAGCAGCCACAGUGCAGCGGAGCAGCUCAGCAAAACCAAUCUGUACAUCCGAGGCCUCCCGCCUGGCACCACAGACCAGGACCUCAUCAAACUCUGCCAACCGUAUGGGAAAAUAGUGUCAACAAAGGCGAUCCUUGACAAAAACACCAACCAAUGCAAAGGUUAUGGCUUUGUGGAUUUCGACAGUCCUGCAGCAGCUCAGAAAGCAGUGGCCUCUCUCAAGGCCAGUGGAGUACAGGCCCAGAUGGCCAAGCAACAGGAGCAGGACCCCACUAAUCUGUACAUCUCUAACCUGCCUGUGUCCAUGGAUGAGCAGGAGCUGGAGAAUAUGCUGAAACCUUUCGGCCAUGUCAUCUCCACACGGAUACUGCGAGAUGCCAGCGGCGUCAGCCGAGGAGUCGGCUUUGCCAGGAUGGAGUCCACUGAGAAAUGUGAUGUGGUGAUUCAGCAUUUCAACGGCAAGUUUCUCAAAACCCCGCCAGGAGUGCCAGCCCCCACAGAGCCGCUGCUGUGUAAGUUUGCGGAUGGAGGACAGAAGAAACGGCAGAGCCAGAGCAAGUAUCCCCAGAACGGCAGGCCGUGGCCACGGGAAGGAGAAAGUGGCAUGGCGCUGCCCUACGACCCGGCUGCAAUGCAGAAUGGGUUCUACUCUUCACCAUACAGCAUCUCCACCAACCGCAUGAUCGCCCAGACAUCAAUCACACCAUUCAUUGCUGCCUCUCCUGUCUCCACAUAUCAGGUGCAGAGUACGUCCUGGAUGCCUCACCAACAGUACGUUAUGCAACCUACUGGUGCUGUGAUCACGCCAGCCAUGGACCAUACCAUCUCCAUGCAGCCAGUCAACAUGAUGGGGCCCCUCGCCCAGCAGAUGAACCAUCUGUCCCUCGGCACCACUGGCACUUACAUGACGGCGGCUGCUGCUGCAGCUCCUAUGCAGGGAACCUACAUUCCCCAGUACACUGCGGUGCCUGCCUCAGCCGUCUCAGUGGAGGGUGUGGUGACAGAGGCGUCUCCACAGAGUGUCCCUCCCUCUUCCCAGGAUGCCAACGGUCAGCAGCAGCCUCUCUGCGUGGAUGGCAGCAGUGAUCACGCACCCACCUACUCCUACCAGCCUGCUAAAUAACGAGAGGAGGAGGAGGGGGUGUUUGGGUGACUGCGUUGCCUUGAGAUUGGGGGACAGUGCCGGGGCUGUGGAGGACGAAAGGAAAAGCAGAACAGAAAACGUUUGUGUCCACCUUUGCACAAGCACCAAAAAAAAAAAAAAAACAGAGAAUUUAUCAGAGCGACAGGAGCCUUUGAAAGCCACCAUCAUGGUUUAAGAAGAGCUGCAGUCCUGGAGGUUGAGCUUAAAUGGCUAAAUCUACAACUUUACAAGACUUUUCCUUCAUGAAGUGAUGAAAUUCAAACAAGUACAAAAGUUUUCCAGUUAUUUUCUGAAUGUGCAGGUAGACUUUCAGCUACAGCGAGUUUUCUAUUAGAAGAGGAAGCAUGUUAUUUGUGAAAGAGAGAAUGAGAGAGAGAGAGAAAAAAAGAAGUCUUCCUCGGAUUCUAAGCUACUUUUACUUUUUUUUUUUAUGAGUUAGAUUUUAGUUUUCUAGAGAAUAUCAAUGUUUUAUCAUCUUUGUUGCCUUAAUUUUGAGAAACGUCCAAGACUUUUCCCAGUUGAACGUCUUGAAAGGAAGAAGAAGAUAAAAACUGUCUGAAUGGACUCAUGGAGUGAUGCGAGGCCUGGGGCAGGGUGGAGUGGAAGCCUGUGAUAUUACCUGUACAGAGGAAUGAGAGAGAUCUUGUGAAGACAUUUUAAAUUAUCAGUGGCGACAUUGUGUUUAAAAAGAAAGGACAGUCAAAAUAUAGUGAUGUGUUUAAAGAGAGUUGCAUUUUUUAGAAAAAAAAGAGAAAAAUGUAAACCACUGCAUCCUGGGAAAUGCAGUUUAUUGUGUAGUGCAGAUCAUUUUUAAUGGCAUUAUUGUUUUUAUCUGCAAUAUUUUUUAUGAGCUUUAAGGUGUUUUCAGCCUGCUUUGCUUGUUUCAUUGCGAAAAAAAGAAAAAAAAAAUCAAAAAACUAAAAACCGGGGGAAAAAAAAAAUAAAAUAAAUAUAAAAAUAUUGGCAGCGCAAAAGUACGUAGAUAGGAGCUUUUGAAUUAAAAUAAAGAAAAUGUGUGCAAAAAGCAAUAGUAAUAGGAAAUUGUUGACAAUUUCUUUAGUCUUUCUUAGCUGUGGAUCAAAUGCAGCCCAUGGAUGGCAUAUUUUAUACCAAAGAUGAAGAAACCCCUUAGAGACAGUGGAGUAGAUCGAUUUCUUUUCUAUUUGAUAUUUUUUGGCCUUGUUGUUCUAGUCUCUGUGUCUCAGAAGUAUCUGUUUGACCUUGACGGCCAAACUGGUACUCUCAUUGGGUGUGGGGGCGGGGCUGUGGGUUUAAACUUCCUUCCACUGCUGCAGCUUUUCUGCCAAUCAUAAAGACUUAGACGGAGAGUAAUGGAGACUUCCAGAUAGCGUGCGUUGCAUUGAGUGUGACAACUCCCCAGCAGAUGGCAUCAGAGAAGCAGCAGAAAGGAGUUUUCUGUCUCUCAGUCUUCUACUGUCCUUCUCUGCUACAGCACCCCUGGGUCACUGACUCAAGCUCUUUCAGUCUUACAUGUUUCACGUGGGUCAUCUGGUUCUGAAACAAGGUUCUAUCGUAUCUCCUUAGGGACAAGAUUGUUUCAAGGAAAUCUGUAUCCCCAUUGUGGCGUAACCUUUGCCAAGCUAGGAAUGUCAAAGUACUCACGUGUGUGUAUUUAAAUUCUCUGCAGUUAGCUACCUCAAUUUAACGCAGUUCCACCAUAAGGAAACGGGAAACUAAAGCGGACAUGAAUUACCAUCUGGCUGUGAACUACCUGACAGGUUGUGAGAUGAAGCUUUGCUUUGGGGCCAGUGGAGAAAGCUAUGAUUUGCUCUCAUGCCAUAGUGUAUAUGUUUUAUGCUUUGAAACAAAUGCCCCACUUUAUACCACUAUAAAAUAUGUUCGCAUUCACGUCUGCUGAAACCUCACCACUGGUUUAUUUGAGCAAUUUAUGAACUCACUGUUUAAAAGGUGCAACAAAGGUUAUCAGUCAAUGUAGGACCAGGUGGUUACUCCAGUGCCUUGUUACAAAGCAAUGAAGAGUUAAAUCUGUGAAGCAGAGAUAGUUUUGACCACCCAUCCCUAAUGAACUCUCAUCAGUUUCACAAGGAGAACAGUGAAGAGACGGUUUGUCAUCGUCUAAGAAUGAAGAAAGAGCUUGGCUGUUGCUCUUAAUUUGCAUAGAUCAUAGUUACUAGUCAGAUGAUUUGAUAAUGUCGAUUCAUUGCUUAGCACAGAGUUUAAAUACACAUAGUGACACUUAGACAGGCCUUGGUGGAGGUUCUUUUUGCGCUACAUAUUUUUUUUAUAUAGGUUCCAUGGUCAUUGUUGUUUUGAAGGUUCUUCUGAAGUACCUUUGGAGUGACGUUCUCAUAAAUCUUCAUUAGGUUGGGGAACGUUUAUUUUUUCCUUAUUUUUCCUCUCUGAAUUAAAGGAAGCCAUUUCAGUCUCUAAAAUGUUGACAUUUUCUGAAUACAGGGGCUGAGAUCUGUGCUAUACUCCGGUUGUUUGUCAGUGCUCGUCGUUGCUCAUUGUUUCUUGAAGCUCAUCUUUCAUUGUCUCUUCAGAGAGGGGGGAUCUCUGGGUGCUAAACACUUUGUUCCUCAGCAUGCACUGGGUAACAUCUUAAACAAGUGAUGAGUGGUGAUGAGUCAACUGCUAGGGGUCAGAGUAACAGCAAUGCUGGUGAUUCGUAGUGACAAGAGUCUUCUCUGCAUUGUGUUAAGAGAACUGCUAGCCGCUGAAUGAGAGAGAAUACAGUAUCAUAGAGUUAGAAUUAUGUUACCGUUGAUAUUGCCAUUCGAUGACCUAAUAAAAAUAUGUUGUGUUUGGGGUGAGGGUGUGGGUGGGGAUGGGGGAUUGGAGUUUUUGUCUUCUGGAAGAGGGUUAUUGACUAUGAAUUCCUUUCUGCCAUGCGUCUCAACAAGGGCAGUAUGUAGGCUACAUUGUAAUGUCUCAUCAGUGACAAGACUACACUAAGCAUAGCUCUGUUACAAUGUGGAGGUCAAGCUAGCUACACAUUUUCAUUUCUAAGACAAAAAAACAAACAAAACAUCAUCUAUAGCAAAUGGUUUUGUUUCUUUUUUUUUCUACUGCCUUUCUGGAGAGUUCAUUUUAUCAUGCAAUUGCUGCUAUCAGGCAUUCAGUAUUGGAGGGCCACAGUGGCAGAUGGGAAGAGAUUAAAUUACUGCUGCUUUCUAAACAAUCAUAAGGACCACCGUCUUAGCAGGUAUUAGAGGUGCUUGCGUAAUAUAAAGGGGCCACGUGCCUCCUGUAUUACAGAAUAUAGGCAGAUAUGGAGGGAGCUGCUCUAAACUGUAGAACAGAGUUCUCAUUCUGUUUGUUGUGCUGUAGCCUUCAGAAAGUGGACGGUGCUCUUCCAUUCCUAAUGGGGUUUCCACACUGUAAAAUCAAACAGUGAGCCAACUUAAAUAAUGCACGUAUUGCAAAACUAAGAAAGACUGUGACCUCCUAAUCGCUGAGGUACUUCAAACGAUUAUUUAUUUAAGUAAGCUCAUUGCUGGCUUUCACAGUGCACUGGCCUUGAAACCUCCUCCUCUUUCAGAACACUACACAUUUCAUUGGAUGUUAGGGUGGAGUCUCACAUUGCGUCUUCAGAUCUGAUGGACUGUCAUAGAUAAUCAUCAAGUAAGAAUGUUCAUUGACCUAUCAAAGACCUCCGGCUUUAGCAAUGGGAGGGUCAUGUAGUGUCAGCAUGGAAAAAAAAAACAAAACAAAAAAAACCUAUGUUCUACCAAAUUCAGCCAAAACAGCAAAACCUCUAUAAGAAAUUAACUUAUUGACAGAGGAAAUAAAGACUAUUUAUGGAAUUCUUUUUAUUUGUACAAGUGUUGGUGAAAGGAAUAUGAAAGUGAAACAGUUCUAGGAUGCUAUUGUUUUUUAAUUUGCUGCACAUUCAUGCCUCCCGUGUGUUCGAGUCGUGAUCCUGAGAGUUUCUGUAAAUCAGUGGAUGUCGAGUUUAAACUUCUGUUUAUUAUUUUUCUUUCAAUGAAGCUUUCAAUAAAAAAGGUCAAAAGAAUCUCAUUUUCACUA